ACUAAGAACUGUUUGUCAACAUCAUAUUGAUUUUUUCUUUCUUUUCUAAAAUAUCAAACCAAUAAAUCAUCUAUUAAAAAAAAAAUUAUAUCCGUCGUCAUUGCAUAAAGUACAAAGCAAGUUUAUACGUUCAAAUCAAUCCAUUACACAUUAAAACGCAUCGUUUGCGUUAAAACAACGAAAAUGUGAACAUUCUAACAUUUUGCACCGUAUAUAUGUAAAACUAAUUUCUAUAAUAAUAUUACUUCUGUGGGACUGUAUCUAUUGUGAAUUUAAUAAGUGCGUUUAGUGCGUCGUUAGUUUAUUUUUAAUGAAAACAUCAAAAACGCUUUCCGCGAACGCCUUAUGACAUGAUGAAAAAAUCAAUAAAUUCUGCAGGGUCGCGGUUGCUAGGAUUUGAUUAACGCUAUGCAGUAAAAAACCGCCCGAUAGAUUACACAAAUAUUCGAAAAUGCCAGUGCAAAUAUAAAAAACAGCAAAAAAAACACGGAGAGUAUAAUGGGGCAAAAAGUUAUACCCAUACUAAAAUGUAUAGUUUUAUUUCUGUUUAUUUUCACCGCGAAAGUUUUGACGUCGAACAAGCAUGAUUCUCAGGAGGUUAGAAACAGCUUUCAUCUAUUGAAACCACAAAAUUAUAUAAGGACAUUUACGAAAUAUCACCAUAGAAGAAAUAUACACAAGAAUAAUGAUAUAAAUAACUUCUGGCUGAUGCAAGACCGCCAUACAUACAUGGGGAAAAGAGACCUAGAAAAUUUAGACUAUAAAGAUAUUGAAACAGUGAUUAAUGAGCCACUCAAUGAAAUUAUUUCUAGUGGGAGUUGGUUUGGAAAGAAAGAUAAAAUAAGAAAGAGAAGUGUAACAAAACCGAACGAAUUUGGAAGAUUCAAUGAUAUGAAUUCGAAUGAAUUGGUUUCGGGCAAUAUACCAGUUUUGAGUCAGUUUGCAGCUGACUCUGUCAGUAAACACACCAGUUCUAUAGAUCAUAAAAUUUCAAGCCAGUCAAAAGAAGUUAUAAUAAAAAAUGAAAUACCUAGUUACAUUAAGAAUACGAAUGUGAAAAAUGCUAUCGUUGUUACCGAUCCACCAACCACAAUGGGACCUACAAUAUCAUGUAUAUACAAAAUGCAGAAUGUGUUCCACAGUGCUACCCUGUCUUACGAUGAUGACACGAACGCUCAAACUAUGACAGUGAAUGAUGUUUAUAGAGAGAGGCCAAUAACAGAUAUGAAACUUGAAACCGGUGAAACAGUAAGAGUUGAACACUGUACACAUACACGAGAUGUUUGCUACACAUUCUGGCAUAUGCAGGAUCAAGGAAAUAUUACAAUACUUGGACAAGGUUGCUGGAGAUCAGCUGAAACAGCAAGGGGCAUUAGCACAUGUGACAAGUGCAUGCGUGCCCCCAAACGAUUGCCGGGUUCUAAAUUCUGCUGUUGUACCAAAAGUUACUGCAACAGUGAUUUCUUAUCACUUAAAGAGGAGACGGUGACGAUAUCUGCCGAGUCUACAAUGAACACAGCAUCUCAGCAGCCGAGCUAUUCCAACCUCGUCGCUUCGUCAUCCCUAGCCCUAGUCGCGAUACUCGUGAUGGCGAUAGUCGUUAAGACGUUUUAUUGCAAACGCAUCAACAUCGAUAAGGGGGAGCUUAGUGACGGAACUGAUGUCGAGAAAGGUGAUAUAAUGGGCAACUGCCCCGAUUCGCUGUCCACGGGACUACUGUGUGUCGACAAUCUGACGCUUAUCGAGCAUAUAGGUCAAGGUAAAUUCGGUUCAGUGUGGCGCGGUUCAUUGGGCUCAACGCCAGUUGCUGUCAAACUGUAUUCCAGCUCUAGCGCCUGGCAGAAAGAGACGGCUAUAUACGCGUUACCUCACCUGUCUCAUCCAAAUCUACUCAGAUAUUACGGCAGUGAAACAAGACCCACUCUGACUGAGGGUGGCGGGAGGGAGCAUCUAGUCGUUCUAGAGCUUUGUGUGGGAACUUUGAGGGCGAAGCUUCAAGCUCAGACGUUAAGCUGGUUGGAGUUCGCUACUCUGGCUCACGGGAUAGCCGCCGCACUGGCACACCUACAUACACCAAGUAAGUGUUUCGGGAACAAACCUUGCGUGGUCCAUCGCGACGUGAACAGCAACAACGUGCUCAUAGCGAGCAACGGCACCGCCAGACUCGCCGACCUGGGUCUGGCCCAAGUCUUGCAGCCCAGGAGAGAGCACACAGCUCCAAACAGGAUCACUGAGGCCGGUACCCUCCGAUAUCUCGCGCCCGAAGCCCUAGAAGGCGCGCUGGACCUCAGCGGAGCCCGGGCGGCCUUGUGCGCCGUCGACGUGUACGCCCUCGGGCUCGUCCUCUGGGAGCUGCUGUGGAGAACCGCCCCGGCCCACAGCGGGCCCACGCCCUGCUACAUGCUGCCCUACCAGCAUCUGGGGCUGCCGGCCAAUCCCACGCUGCAUCACAUGCAGACGCUGGUGUCCCGCAAGAAGGCCCGGCCUCCAGUGCCGCGCGGGCCGGGGCUCGCGCAGUGCACGGCCGCCGACACGUGCGACGAGUGUUGCGACCACGACGCAGAGGCCAGGUUGACCGCGGUGUGCGUUGAGGAACGCAUGGCCGAACUGAAGCAGAUACUGCAAGCCCAGGGACCUCUGAUACACGAUAACAACUUGCAUCCGAAUUCGGAGACGAGCCCGCCCUCGCCAGCCGAUCAGGACAAGAACUCGAACUGCACGGCGUUACGUCACGGUUGUGACGUCACGACCCCGCUGCUCUACCCGCACCCGCACAUGGGCCGCAACGCGUGCAUCGAACGCAACACGCACACGAGCACGCAGCAAUACGUGACGCUCAUACACAAGAGCCUGAAGGACAUAUCCGACCCGAGCGACGACAUCCGACUCGAGAACAUAGACGACAAUUGCUUGUCUGUGGCCAGGGGCUCGCCCAGGGUUGCCGUACCGGAAAAUUCGGGGCCGAACGUGACCAGGUCACACCAGCGCCCGCUAGAUUACGUUCAGAACGACGUGAGCCACCACGACGUCGACCGGGGACCGAAGCAAACCAAUUUACUGCAGGAGACAAGAACCGAGAAAACCGGAUGGGGCAUCAGGAAGUUCUUCGAGAAGUUCAACAAGAACAAAAUGGAUACGGAAGUGAAGCUCGCACCGGAAGGCCAGAGAACGAGGAUAUCCGUAGUUAACGACAAGAACAACUACAACAGACCCAGCAACUUGGUCCUGAGCCAAGACCCGAAUCUUAUAUACGAAGCGCCCUGCCUCUCGCCGCCAAAUCGAACCCUGUCCCCUAACAUGAUGGCGGACGCGACCUUCAAGGAGAUACCCUCGCACAACGACAGUCACAUAUACGCGGUCAUCGUGCCGAAAGUCCAACCGGACGUCAGCGGUAUCAAGAGCAAGAACGGUAGCAGUUCAGAGAGUUUGAAACAGUCUGUAGGGACCUCCGCCUCAUCCCAGAGCGUUUACAGGAACAACUCUGAAUCCGGGGAUUGGACGCUCAAGAAUCGACUGAGCCGCGACAACAAGCCCGGCUCUAACAGCUCAUCCAGGGCCAGUAUCAAUUUGGAGUUGCAGUUCAUAGAGGGUGGGAACCCAGCGGCCAGUCCCUUCGAGUUGAACUCGGAUUGUUCUGGAAGUGAAGACGAGCAGCUGCUACUGUUGUCCGAGAACGGGGGCUCGAGGAUCACGAUGCAGACUGUCAGCAAGGACCCCAAGUACCAGAACGACGUGCUGAAGGAGAGCCAAAAGAAAACGGUGACCUUCAACAAGAACCACAACCGCUACUCGAACUUCGACAACGAGGUCAGCGACCCCAACGACAAGGAGAACGUAGCGAAUGGCUACAGCGGAGACAACCCCGCCUACCUGCCCGCCCCCCCCAACGCCGCCGCCCCCGCGCCCCGCAAGCCCACCGUGCGCCGCCAGCGCUCGCUCGAGCAGGUAAGCGACAUCUUCAGCACGGUGAGCGACGUUAAACUAGUGAAGCCGGCGGGCCGAGUCAAGACCCCCGGCGACCUUCCCGUGGCCCUGCGCAAGGCCAGGCGCGACCGAGCCCUUCAGAAGGGCCGGGACAGCGCCAACAGACUGAGCCUGUACGACGACAGCGUCAUGUUAGGGAACACCCUGUAGUUGCUCUACGUACGUGUCUUCGGUUGAGUGUUAAAUGCUCGGAGUGUAACACGAAUGUCGUUUCACCCAUUGAACGAGCUAAUGUCUUAAGUGAGGUCUGAGAUCAUCGACGCCUUCAUUUAGUCGGACUAUAUGAUCAGUCGUUUUAAUUUAGUCGGAUUAUAUGACGAGUCGUCAUAAUUUGGUCGGAUUAUAUGACGCGUCGUCUUCAUUUAGUCGGAUUAUAUGACGAGUCGUAAUAAUUUAUUCGGAUUAUAUAACGAGUCGUGUUAAUUUAGUCGGAUUAUAUAUUGAGUUGUAUUAAUUUAGUCGGAUUAUAUGACGAGUCAUAUUAAUUUAGUGGGAUUAUACGACGCGUCGGCUUCGUUUAGUCGUAUUAUAUGACCAAUUGUUUUCAUUUAGUCCGAUUAUAUGACCAGUCGUCUUCAUUUAGUCGGACUGUAUGAGGAGUCGGUUUAAUUUGGCAAUUUUAGAAAACCGUCAAUAUCCCUUUUUAUAGGAAGGGUCUUUUGGAUUACAAGGCAGCUAAGACUUCUGAAGGUCUGAUUACAAAAGGAUGUCGGAAAAAAAACCAUACACCUCCAAUCGAUAAACUCCUCCAUUAAUAUUAAAAGUCGGUUAGUAAUGGUCAUGAACAUGAAGAUUGAUGACUGAAUCGAAUCUCGUGCUGGCACGUGCUUGUUUUUGUUUUUGUUUUACUGUGAUAAUAUAGGCAAACGGAUAAUCGUAAGUCCGAACAUCAAUGUAUCGCUAGUUUUAGUCGUUUUACUGGUGGUAGGACGUCUUGUGAGUCCGCACGGGUAGGUACCACCGCCCUGCCUAUGUCUGCCCCGAAGCAGUAAUGCGUUUCGGUUUG